AUGGCUGAAGCUAGAGAUGAUUCGCUUCAAGCAGUUUGUAUUCAGUUGGAUGGUAAGAAUUAUGCGUAUUGGAGCUACGUGAUGAAAAAUUUCUUGAAAGGAAAACAAAAGUGGGGAUAUAUUUCGGGUGCUUAUAUUAAGCCUCAAGAUGAUGUGGCAUUAUUGGAUAAAUGGGAGGUCGAUAAUUCAAAAAUUAUUACUUGGAUCAAUAAUUCUGUUAAGCAUUUGAUAGGCACCCAAUUAGCAAAAUAUAAGACGGCUAAGGAGUUAGCUCUCACAGAACCUGCUGAAUUACGAGUCUUUGGACCUUAUAUUGUACGAAGAGAGGAGCGGAGAUUGGUACAGUUUUUAAUGGCCCUUCGUGAUGAGUUUGAGGGACUUCGUGGGUCUAUUUUGCAUCGUCAUCCACUGCCCUCUGUUGACUCUGUUGUUAGUGAAUUUUUGGCUGAAGAAAUUCGUUUGAAGUCCUCAGUUAUAAAAGAGGUUUCUUCAGCUUCUACUCCAUCUGUUUUUGCCAUGCCUCCUCGAUCAAACUCUAAAUCUCAGUUCAGGCCAUAUGGAUCUGUUGCUCGUGAUGAAUGCGGGUUCUGCAAGCAAAAAGGUCAUUGGAAAUCUUAG